GCCCGCGGCGGACGGGGAAGAGCCUUGGUCACAGCUACGGUCACCCGUCUCGCGCGCACGCGCCACGUGGGUUCGCGGCCUUGCUCAGGGCCUUUGGCUGUGUACCGGGACUUCCGCAGUAGCUGUUUUAGCCCUCGGAGUACCCUCUGUUUAGAAAAAACCCUUUUUGCUGAAGGAACGCAUUCGCUCAUACAGUUUCAGAAUGUCAAGUACUGUGUCCUACUGGAUUUUCAAUUCUGCAAGAAACAGCAUUGCCACAUUACAAGGGGGACAACGUUUAUAUUCAAGAUAUGCCUCAAAUAGGAUUAAAUCAAAAUGGAGGCUCUUUCCCCAGGGGCCAGUCACCCUAAAAAACAAUGCCUCAUGUGGUGGCAUUGCUCUGCAGAAAGCCUAUAGACACACAUCAACAGAGGAAGAUGAUUUCCACUUGCCGCUCAGCCCUGAGCAGGUAAAUGAAGUGCUGCGAGCUGGUGAGUCGGCCCACAAGAUUCUUGACCUUGUCAGUGGAGUCCCAAGUUCGGUGUUGCGGUUUGAGAGCAACCAGCUGGCUGCCAAUUUCCCAGUGGAGGACCGGGGAGGUGUAGCCGCCUGCCUGCAGACCAAUGGGCUGAUGUUUGGUGUCUUCGAUGGACAUGGUGGCCACGCAUGUGCUCAAGCGGUGAGCGAGAGGCUCUUCUACUAUGUGGCAGUGUCACUGAUGUCCCAGCAGACGCUGGAGCAGAUGGAGGGGGCGAUGGAAAGCAUGAAGCCCCUGCUGCCCAUUCUGCAGUGGCUCAAGCACCCAGGGGACAGUAUCUACAAGGAUGUCACGUCAGUGCACCUUGAUCACCUCCGUGUCUACUGGCAGGAGCUGCUGAACCUGCACAUGGAAAUGGGGCUGAACAUUGAGGAAGCAUUAAUGUACUCCUUCCAGAGGCUGGAUUCUGACAUCUCGCUAGAGAUCCAGGCCGCCCUGGAAGAUGAGAUGACCAGGAACCUUUCACUCCAGGUUGCUUUCUCAGGGGCAACAGCUUGCAUGGCCCAUGUCGAUGGAGUUCACUUACAUGUGGCAAAUGCUGGUGACUGCCGGGCCAUCCUUGGUGUCCAGGAGGACAAUGGCAUGUGGUCUUGUCUGCCCCUCACCCGGGACCACAAUGCCUGGAACCCAACCGAGCUGUCACGGCUAAAGAGGGAGCAUCCUGAGUCAGAGCACAGGACAAUCAUCAUGGACAACAGACUGCUCGGUGUCCUCAUGCCCUGCAGGGCCUUCGGGGACGUCCAGCUGAAGUGGAGUAAAGAGCUGCAGCGCAGUGUCCUGGAGCGGGGCUUUGACACCGAGGCCCUCAACAUUUACCAGUUCACCCCCACACACUACUACACUCCACCUUACCUGACGGCCAGGCCUGAGGUCACAUACCACAGGCUGAGGCCCCAGGAUAAGUUCCUUGUGCUGGCCUCUGACGGCCUGUGGGAUGUGCUGGGCAAUGAGGAUGUGGUGAGGCUGGUGGUGGAGCACCUGGCUGAAGUGUGUCGGCACAAGCCAGACCUGGCCCAGAGACCUGCCAACCUGGGACUCAUGCAGAGCCUGCUGCUGCAGAGGAAAGCCCAGGGGCUCCACGCCACCGACCAAAACGCAGCCACACGUCUGAUCAGAUACGCCAUAGGGAACAACGAGUACGGGGAGAUGGAGCCUGAGCGGCUGUCGGCGAUGCUGACAUUGCCGGAGGACUUGGCAAGGAUGUACAGGGAUGAUAUCUCUGUCACUGUGGUGUAUUUUAACUCAGACUCGAUUGGUGCAUCUUACAAGGGGAGUUAAGAGUCUCCCAUCCUGUUGCCAAGGUUAACUUAAAUGCUCUUCUAAGACAUGUUCACUUACUCUUAAACUGGCUAUUUAGACCUUGUUGUUAAAGGGCAGGCAGAUGUAGCUUGCUUAAUAGACUAACGUGAGAGAAAAAACAGCCUAGGAUUAAAAACAAUAGUAGUGAUUUUAUGUCCCUGCAUGUUUUGGUCACCUCUUCUACGCAGAAAGGGUGGAACACAGAGACCGUAGACUUGGCUGGGGCUCGUGUAACCCAAGUCCUUUUAUAAAUACACUGUUGUUAAACUGUCAGCCUGAGCCUGCGAAGUAUAAAAUGAAUCAUGAUUCUAAGGAUAUGAAGAAGUUCAGGAUCUUAGGAGGUCUUGAUACAAAAAUCUGCAAAGUUGAUAAUUCUCAGUUCGUAAUCAUGGCCUUCUAGACUAUGAAGGGAGGUUUUGUUUGUUUUUUAUUUUGAAGUUCCUAAAGACCUAGGUUUACACAGCAUAUUACAGGAUACUUUUCUAUGCAAUAUUCUAACUUUUUUGUGUGUAUGAUUUUACUUGUGAAAACAUUUUGUAAUGCUGCAUUCUAGUUCCGAUUUAGUUUAUUUUAAAAUUGAGUCCUCAAACUUGCAAACAGGCCUGCUCUAAGCGAGCAUGCUUGGAAUGAGUUUUCUUGGUUUUCAGCUGAGGGUGAAGGUGGCCAGGCCUCUGAACCGGCUGAAUUUAUUUGUGCAGCUUUCGGACCUUUCCACUGAGUCCCACCCCCUGAACCUUUGAGCCAUGCUAGGAGGUUACUUCUGUCUGGGCCUUAACUCCUUUCCUGCAUUAAUAAAAUUUCCUCCGGGGUUUAGUAAAUCUCUGCAGAUUUACUCAUAGCACUUAACCUUUCUGAUUAUACCUCUCAGACAUUCUUCUAAUUCCACCUAAUGUUCCUUCCCCCUCUGCUAUGCUGAACUCCCUCACCCUGCUGCUGACUGUGCAAUACUGUCUAGAAAGAAUGCUCCCAAUUCACAUGGUUGCAGGGAAGGAGAAAAUUCAAGAUUGCAUGUGGUAAUUGUGACAGACAGUUUAGGCAGGACUGCUUAUACAGUGGAUUCUAGACUUAAAAUUCAGCCUGAAUCUGGAGAGGUAAAAACAUGAAGGACCUGAGAACAGUCACCUAGUCUCCCUAGCUGCAUCCCGAGGGGCAGUGGGGAAGAGGGAGGAGUGAGAUUUUUCAGAUGGGACACUUGCCUAUAGACUGUGGGAUAAAUGGCCAUUGCUACUCCUCAGGAACUAGGCCUUAUUUAAUAUAGGAGUUGGGGCAGAACCAAAUGUAACCUGUACUGGCUUCUAUGGGCUGCACAGUCUGUGUUUAUUUGAAAAUUAAACCAUGUGGAUCCUUUCUGGGGGGAUGAAUUUCAUGUUCUGAAUUGCUGUAGCAUUUAAACAACAGGAAAUGUGUCCCUAAAUGGAAACACAAAUAUAAUCCCACAAAAGCUGACACUUUUUAUGUUCCUGCACUGUCUUCAUUGAUCGCUCUCCUCACCCCCUUUCGUACUGAAAGGAAAGCAAACAGCUAGGUUUGACUUCCACAUUUUUGUCCACAUUCAGGACAUUCAAGUGUUGAGAAACUUCUAGCCUGCGGAUACUUCCCUGUGCAUUUACUGAUAUGGCUUCAUCUAAGAAAUUCUCCUUUGAGUGCUUAAGCCUUGGUCCUUUUAUUCUGAAACUAUUAAUCUUCCUUCUGAUCUCCUAGAUCUUCAGAAAUAAAACGUGAAUCCCUGUCAUUCAGCUUGCAUGACGGUUUGUUACUAGAGCCUGCUUGUCUGACACCCUUGUUCUUUAUGCGAGCUAAACCCUGGUGCACGCUCUCAUUUACCGGGAUUACAGGGUCUGAAUCCUGUUUUGGAGCCUAGCUUGGGUCAUAAAUAUAGCUGAUUAAGUAACCUGUGUGACAGUUGAGAGAAUACAGACUUCCCACCUAUUCCUUCAAGGGUAUCUGUGUUUUUUCUCAGCCUAAUAGAUUUCCUGCUUUCUAAUUGGUAUAUUGAGAGAGAGGAAGGGCUGGUUUCUUGUCUGCCUUUUGCCAUUGUGAACUCUGUCUGCUCUUGCCAUGAAUGCUCCACGGAGCAACUCCUGGUUAAACCCCAGCAUGUCUGAUUCCCUGACCACAGUUCUGCUGUCACUGGCCUUCCUGAGGCACAUGGGCUACCACUUGAGGACACUUGGGAUUUGAGAGGGAGUUGGUGGUACUUUGUCAGGUCUUCCGAAACACUUAUCAUUCCUUUUAUGUAAAGAUUCUGAUAUUGAGACUUCUGAAAUGAACUAAAAAAAUGAGAUUGAAUCUUUAAUGUUUAGGAUGUCACUUUUGAAUAAAGUAUGCUUUGGUGCUUUAAA